AAUGAACACUCCCUACCGUUGAGCCAAAUUUAACGUAUAUAUUUCAUUCAUGGUUUUGGAAUUUUGCCAAGUGGCACUACACUAUAGAUUCCCUUGGUAAGGAAUUACACAUAACCAAGCACCAAAAAGCAGACAGUAGUACUUCACGAUUAUCACUCACCACUUUCCGUUUCAACUUUCAAACUCUCUCUCACAAGCCAUGCAAGACGCGGAGAGAACCACCAAUGAUCCGGUAGACAGAAUUGAGAAAGUGACAUGGAGAGAUCUGCAAGACGGAUCUUUCACCGCAGAACUCAAGAGGCUUAUCUGCUUUGCGGCUCCUAUGGCUGCCGUGGUUAUCAUUCAGUUCAUGAUACAGAUAAUCUCAAUGGUGAUGGUGGGUCACCUCGGUAGACUCUCCCUCGCUAGCGCUUCCUUCGCAGUCUCCUUCUGUAACGUCACUGGCUUCAGCUUCAUUGUUUGUUUUCCUUUUCCUUCUUUCCUCUAAAUUGACGCACUUAUCUCUGUUACUAGCUACCAGAACCAUGGAAAUUGCAUCCUCUCCUCACUUUCUUGUUACUUUUUGAUGAUAGAUAGGAUUGUCAUGUGCCUUAGAUACUUUGAGUGGUCAAGCUUAUGGAGCUAAGCUAUAUCGGAAACUAGGUGUUCAGGCUUACACAGCUAUGUUCUGUCUUACUUUAGUGUGUCUCCCUCUCUCUCUCCUAUGGUUCAACAUGGGAAAGCUUAUUGUGAUCCUUGGCCAAGACCCUGCUAUUGCUCACGAAGCUGGUAGAUAUGCCGCUUGGCUCAUCCCAGGACUGUUCGCUUACGCCGUUCUUCAGCCGCUCAUUCGCUACUUCAAAAACCAGAGCUUGAUCACACCUCUCCUCGUCACCUCUUCUGUUGUGUUUUGUAUCCACGUUCCUCUCUGCUGGCUUUUGGUUUAUAAGUCAGGGCUUGGUCAUAUUGGAGGAGCCUUGGCUCUCAGCUUGUCAUACUGGCUCUAUGCCAUUUUCCUUGGAUCUUUCAUGUACUACUCCUCUGCCUGUUCUGAGACACGCGCGCCGCUUACCAUGGAGAUAUUCGAGGGCGUUAGAGAGUUUAUCAAAUAUGCUCUUCCUUCUGCGGCUAUGCUUUGCCUGGAGUGGUGGUCAUAUGAACUCAUAAUAUUACUUUCUGGUCUGUUACCCAACCCACAGCUGGAGACUUCUGUGCUCUCUAUCUGUUUCGAAACACUUUCAAUAACUUAUUCAAUACCACUAGCGAUCGCGGCUGCAGCAAGCACAAGAAUCUCAAAUGAGUUAGGAGCUGGAAACUCUCGAGCAGCACAUAUUGUGGUCUAUGCGGCAAUGUCUCUUGCAGUAAUGGAUGCAUUGAUGGUGAGUAUGUCUCUAUUAGCCGGCAGGCAUGUUUUCGGCCAUGUUUUCAGCAGUGACAAGAAAACCAUCGAAUAUGUUGCAAAGAUGGCUCCGUUGGUCUCUAUUUCUAUCAUACUGGACAGUUUACAAGGGGUUCUCUCAGGUGUUGCAAGCGGAUGCGGGUGGCAGCAUAUAGGGGCUUACAUAAACUUCGGAGCUUUCUAUCUCUGGGGGAUACCCAUUGCAGCAUCUUUAGCCUUCUGGGUUCAUCUGAAAGGUGUUGGCCUUUGGAUUGGAAUACUAGCCGGUGCAGUUCUGCAGACUCUUCUGCUGGCUCUUGUCACAGGCUGCACAAACUGGAAAACCCAGGCCCGUGAAGCGAGGGAGCGAAUGGCUGUGGCCCAUGAAUCAGAACUUACAGAGUCAGAACUUCCCAUCUAAGAUUACAGGGACACAGAUGUUCCUCCUAUUUUACCAUUUUUGUAGCAGCCAAAUCGUUAUAUGUUACUGCUGGACUAGUGGUUGCCGUGAAUAAUUGGUCUUUUCUUUUGUAAUAUUAGCAGCCCUCAGCAAUCGUUAUUUCGAUGAAGCAUUAUUCUGGUAGUUCAGAAAUACCUUGGACAGAAAAUGAUGUAGUGAUCCAAUUCUGCUGAUACCAGCUCGCUUAUACCUGUAACACAGUAGUUGCGAGUCAGGAAAUAGAUGUGGGAGCUGCUUCUGAGUCUUGGAGCUAGAGUUUUCAAUCACUGAAAAUGUUUCU